AUGUACUAUGCGAUUUCUCAGGCGCGCGUGAACGCCGCUCCCGCGACCAUGCUGCGACCACAGCGGCCGGGAGACGUGCAGCUCGGGACUUCGCUGUACGAGCUGGUGGGUUACAGACAGCCACCCAUUUCGUCGUCCUCCUCCUCCACAUCCUCCUCCUCUUCCACUGCGGCCCUCCUCCCCAAGGCUGCGCGUGAGAAGCCAGAAGCACCGCUCGCCGAGCCGCUGGGAACGGCGCCGGAGUCCCGGGGUGCCCGGGCCGACGCCAAAGAGGAACAGCAGCAGCAGCAGCUGCGGCGCAAGAUCAACAGCCGCGAGCGGAAGCGCAUGCAGGAUCUGAACUUGGCCAUGGAUGCACUACGCGAAGUUAUCCUGCCCUACUCGGCGGCGCACUGCCAGGGAGCACCGGGCCGCAAGCUCUCCAAGAUCGCUACGCUGCUGCUCGCCCGCAACUACAUCCUGCUCCUGGGAAGCUCCCUGCAGGAGCUGCGCCGCGCGCUCGGCGAGGGUGCGGGGCCCGCAGCCCCGCGCCUACUCCUGGCCGGCCUGCCCCUGCUGGCCGCCGCGCCCGGCUCUGUGCUGCUGGCACCCGGCGCUGUAGGGCCCCCCGAAACACUGCGCCCCACCAAGUACCUGUCACUAGCGCUGGACGAGCAACCGUGCGGCCAGUUCGCUCUUCCCGCUGGUGGCGCAGGUGGCCCGGGCCUCUGCUCGUGUGCGGUGUGCAAAUUCCCGCAUCUGGUCCCCACUGGCCUAGGCCUGGCAGCGGUACAAGCUCAGUUCUCCAAGUGA